CUUGCUAAUAAGGAAAACAAUUGAUAAGCCGAAUUGAUCGAUGAGUCAGUAAACAAAGAGGAUAACAGGACAUUUAAUUAGUGCGUGCAUUGGACGCGAUACGUCGGUACACAAGAUGGCGCCACUAUCAUUGAAAAUAAUUCUGGACGGAGGAAUGGUCACCAGGACAAUUAUGUUUGACACCUCGACCACGGUGAGGGAGGCGCACGGCAUCGUAAGAGACAAGAUACCUACACUGGUACAGGAUAGAGAAUAUGGCUUCUUCUUGACAUCAGCUGACGACGAGAGCAGUGGUGUGUGGUUGGAGGAUCAGCGGGAGUUGCAGUACUACAUGUUAAGGGACGCGGACCCAUUGCUGUAUAUGGAGAAGAUGAGAACGCUCCGAGUUCGAUUACUAGACGGUUCUGUCAAUACGUUGUUGGUGGAUGAGUCCAAGAAUAUCGGGGAGCUCAUGAUUGAGAUUUGCAAGAAAAUACGCAUUAGUAACUACGAAGAAUAUGGAUUGUGCCGUGAAGAUGUUGUAGAAGAAGAGAUAAAGCCUGCAACAGGAACUCUAACACUGAAGAGGAAGGCCCAAGUUCGUGAGAAAGAUGCUCAGCUGGAACAACUAAGCAAGAUAUUGAAGACUGAUGAUCAUGUGGAGUGGUUAGAUAAGAAAAAAACUUUAAGGGAGUUGGGAGUCGAUCCGAAAGAUACUCUUCUCUUCAAACGGAGACUCUACUACUCUGAUAGAAAUAUUGAUUCGAGAGACCCGGUGCAGCUCAACCUACUGUACGUACAGACCAGAGAUGCCAUACUGGAUGGUCGACAGAUUGUCACGGAAGAUAAAGCUGUUGAAUUUGCGGGCUUACAGUGUCAAAUACAAUACGGGGACUCCAAUGAGAGCAAACACAAGCAAGGCUUUAUCGAGGACCUACGAGAAUUUCUUCCUGCACAAUAUGCAUCAAGGGGAAUCGAGAAAAAAGUUUACAAGAAUCAUUCAAAACACAUUGGAUUAAGCGACCUGGAGGCUAAACAUUUAUAUAUUAAAAGUGCUAGAGCGUUACCCACUUAUGGAGUUACAUUUUUUCUUGUGAAGGAAAAACUUAAAGGUAAAAAGAAGCUGGUGCCGCGUCUGUUGGGCAUUAACUCUGAGUCGAUUCUGCGACUGUGUGAAGAAAGCAAGGAGAUCUUACAAGUAUGGCCACUAACUCAUGUGAAAAGUUUCCGUGCUGCGGGAGAAUCAUUUACUCUUGACUUUGGGGACUACAGUGAUAAGGAAUAUGCAGUAAAGACGAAUGAAGCUUAUCGUAUUAAAGAUAUUUUACAAGGAUACAUAGAUAUUAUUAGAAAGCGGCUCGCAGGACCAUACCACGUCAAGCACACUGAUGGAGAUGUCAUGACUGAGGAAAUGGUAGCAAUUUCCAGAGGCAACAUAAUCCAAAAUGUAGGACCAUUAAAGGUAGUGGAGCAGUCAUAUACAGGGCCCAGUCAGAUAAUAUCUGUCGAACAAGCACAAAUAGGAAAAGAAGGUACAAGAUUAAUUACUGUACACGAAGUUGUUACUACAAAUAGAGUGGAUCAUAGUCAAAGAGGGACUAAAGAAGAUAAUGCGACGGAAGUACCAUUAAGCUGUGAGAAGAGAUUAAAUCGCAUAAAUUCAUUCUCUGUUAAAACUGUCACCCUUCUAUCAGAAGAUGAGUACAACAUUGAUGAUUUGAAACAGAUAGUUGAUGAUAUGGAAAGGGAACUGCCCGCUAUGGUUAAAGGUAUUCGAUCAAAGGCCACCGACCAAGAGAACGCUGCGCAGAUCCUGGCCGAGCUCGACCUGUUGUGUGCUCACGUCAACACUCUGUCUCAAGCUGUGAGGAGCGGAGAUAUUAAUACUCCAGAAAAAGUGGCAAAAGCGAGAAACACUGCGAAAGAAAUUGCUGACUUAUCGAUGCAAAUGUUCUUAUCUCUGGAUACAAAGACAAAAGGACGAAGUGGAUGGCUUCUGCGAUCAAGAUCCAGUUUCAUAGCUGACGAGAAGACCGAAGCCUCGCUCCGCCGGCUGUCCUUUGCAGCGUCAGCUGAACAGGCGCACAACGCCAUUGAGAAGGCUUACACAGCUCUAGGACAUGAAGUCGAAACAUCUACAGGAGCAGUAAAUAUUGAGGCGGUUGAGAAUAAUGUCAUGAAUAAAAUUGGUGUGCUGAACGGAGCGGUGGCGUCUCUGAUAAAUACCCAUACAGAUUCUAAUAAUGUCGAUUAUUCUCAAGCUGUGGCGUGUAUGUCCACCUUCAAGGAAUAUGUUCCAGAGUUAAUGCAAGAUAUCCAGAAUCUCACCAAUGAAAACUCGAAGGCUACAGUAACGCAUGAACUACAACAAUUGUUGAAUAAAUUAGCUGGACUGUGCAGAUUGAACGGAAACGAAACUAGUGAGAAAAUCUGUGAAGCUGGUAAUGCUUACGGUGAACAAUCAAGGAAACUUAUUUACAUGUUUAAUCGGAAAAACAGAGCAGCGAUGGUUGACAAAGAAGGUGAGAUUAUCGAUCUAGCCAAUAGUCUAGCGGAAAAAAAUGCUGCUCUAAUCAUGCAGGCCAACGACCUAGGUAGUGUUCUUGGUGAUGAUGCUCGAGUUGCCGACCUCGAUGCAGCCUGUAUUAAAUGCGCUGAUGUAGCACAAAAACUUCUCACUAAUGCCCGGAUAACAGCACCAUCAAUCAGCGAACCCCAUUGUCAAAGUGCAUUAUCUGCUGCGUGCGAGAACCUUUCGUCAACAGCUCAGCAUCUCAUUGCCACGUGCAAGCCUUUGGUAGAAGAUUCUGGACGACAUUACUAUGAACAACGACUUGCAGAUAAAGCAAUGGAUCUUGCCAAUGCUUUAGAUAAAUUAACAGCAGCUACCGAUGUCAAUCGAGAAAACAAUACAGAUGACCAGCUUGACGAGGAACAAAAAUCUGGACGCAUUAAAUUUAAAGCAACUCUUUCUAGAACUAAGAGAACAAUCUCAGAAGCAGAAAAACAAUUGCAAGAAAAUAACAAUAAUAAUGACUUGCAAGAACAUGAGAACGCGGACUCUCUUAAAUUGAAACUAUUUCAGAAGAUUGCACAUUUAAAUGCGCUUAUAUCUUCAAUGUUACUUCCUGGUUUAGAUACCUCUGACCAUAACGCAAGGAACGAAGCUUGUACAACAUUAAGUAAUCUUAUACCACAGAUAGUACAAGAUGCCAGAAACCUUGAACAAUUAGUUGGAGAAGAGCCUAUCCUGUGUGAUAUUAAAUUAUUACUGUGUAAAACUAAAGAUGUUUGUAGUGCUGUAGAAAAUAGUGAUGAUAUGAUAAUACAAGAAGCUGCAAAUGAAUAUGGAGAAGAAGCCAGAAAACUUUUAUAUAUAUUCAACCGUGGGGAUAGAAACAUCGUAGUAGAUAGAGAGAAUGGUGUAAUUGAACAAGCGAGAGAUAUUGGUCAUAAGACAUCCAAUCUCUUGAUGGAUGUAAAUGAGCUUACAGACAUCAUUACCGAGGAUCCUCGAGUGCAAGAUCUUGACGCAGCUGGUGUCAAUUGUGCUGAUGCUGCACAAGAACUUGUAACCUGUGCACAGCUGAUAGCCCCAACAAUAAAAGAUCCACACUGCCGAAAAGUAUUGUCUGCUGCAUGCACAAAUCUUGCUUCAUCAGUACGAGAACUCGGUACUACAUAUGAGCCGCUGGUAAAAGAUUCUAGGAGUGCUUAUGGAAAACGCUUGGAUAAAAAAUCAAUGGAAUUAUUAGAAGCUUUGGAGAAAUUAAAUGGUUAUUCUGAUACCGCAGAUGAUAAUGGGGCAGAUGAAGAAGACAUUAAAGUCGAAGAACAGUUCCGAACUGAGCGGAUUAAGUUUGUCGCUAAUCUAUCUAAAACAAAGAAAGCUAUAUCUGAUGCUGCCCAGCUUUUAAAUGAAACAAGUAUUAAUGUGGUGGAGACAAGUUUGAAUGUAGACAAAGAAACACUGAAAUACAAUUUGUCGAAGAAAAUUGCACAUCUGAAUGCACUUGUAUCUUCUAUGAUUCUGACAAGUUCAGAUACUAAUAAAGAUUUUAGGAAUGACGCGUGUAUUGCUGUUACUGAACUUAUACCAAGUAUAGUGCAAGAUGCAAGAUAUUUGAAACAACUAGAUGGCGAAGAAACGGCUAUCUGGAAUGAAAUUCGAGUUUUGUUGGGCAACACAGAGAAAGUUUGUGAUGCGCUAGAGGAUAAUAAUGCCACGGAAAUACAAGAAACUAUAAAAGAUUAUGGCGAAAAUGCAAGGAAAUUAAUCUUUGUAUUUAAUCGUGGAAAUAUAUUUGAUAAAGAAAAUGAAAUAAUAGAUAAAUCUAAAGAGAUAGGAAACAAGGCAUCUGCUCUACUGAUGGAAGUCAGCGAGCUGACAAACAGAGUGGCCGAUGAUCCCCAAGCGCAGGAUCUUGAUGUAGCUGGUAUUAAAUGUGCUGAUGCAACCCAGGAGCUACUUAGCUGUGCCUGGCUUGUAGCACCUUCAAUAGACGAGUCCAACUGUCAAAGAAACUUAUUGACUGCCUGCACAAACCUCUCAUCCUCAGUUCAGGCACUUGGUGCCUUAUAUAGGCCAUUGGUAGAGAGCUCCGGACAAAAUAACUACGGGAAUCGCUUGGAUUAUAAGUCUACAGAUCUUUUGGAUGCUUUAGACAAAUUUAAAGCCAUCGCUCAACUAGAAAACGUAAAUGAAAUGAAACUUAAUGUUCACGAUGAUACAAAAUCUAAACGCAUUAAGUUUAUAAAAACUCUAUCUAAAACAAAAAAUGCAAUUUUGGAUGCUGAACUGCAGUUAUUAGAUAACAACAUGGAAGAAUAUAAAGAUUCUGUUCCUGAAAAUGUAGCGAACCUAGAAACGACUAAAUAUAAUUUGUCGCAUAAGAUUGCACAGUUAAAUGCGGCUAUUUCUUGUUUAUUAUUGAGUAAUUCAGAAACUUCAGAUGAGGCGACUAAUUAUGCUGUUAAUACUAUUGCUGAGCUACUUCCGGAAAUAGUGCGAGAUGUUAAAUGGCUGGAAACACAAUCAGAUCAUGAACUAGAAGAGUUGCCAGUAAUAGAUGAAACUAAAAUAUUAGUAGCUGCGGCUAAGAAUGUUUUCAAUGCAGUUGAAGAUAACAAUAAAAAGGCGAUCAAUCAAGCCGCUACAGAAUAUGCGAACAGUUCGGGUAAACUUUACUACAUAUUCAACCGUCGAGGAAACCCGAAACGAGAAAAUCAGAUACUAGAUUUAGUGAAAGUUACGUGCGAACUUGCGUCGAAGAUGUUGUCUAAAAUAUAUCAACUUGCAAAAGAAACGGCUGGUGAAGAAGGAUUUCACCUUGACGAACGCGGGGCAAAUAUUGUUGAUGUUGCUCAAGAUCUACUAACAGCGGCUCAGAUAACAUCACCUAGCAUAUCAGACCCUCAGUGUAAGACCGCGUUGCUAUCCUACACUGAUCUCUUCGAUAAUCUGAUCAAGGAUCUAGGCGAUCUUUACUUGCCCUAUGGGAAUAUUGCAAAGCAUCAAAGUCUCGUGCAGCAGAUUUGUAAAGACUCAAACAGGGUUCAAGCUACCUUAGCCAAGAUAAGAAAAGCCUGCAGAUAUGGAGAUGACACCAACUCGUUAUUUAACGAGAGUUUACUAUCAACUGUUGGUGAAACCAAGAAUAAAAUGAAAGAAACGAUAGCUCUGUGUAAAAAAGACAAACUGGAUGAUCUUCCGGAACCUGAAGUUGAAAUUAUGUCUUCUAUGACAAAGGACAAUGGCUGCUUCGAGACUACAAGUUUAGAACCAACAACAAGAAAACUCUUUGAUAAACUUUCACAAUUAAACCAAACAGUAGCGUUGUUAGUGCAAGCGAUGUCAAAUCUGGAUACUGUAGAUUCUAUGCAACUGGAAGACAAAGUAAAUGAUAUUUCACAAUUAACACCCGAAAUUGUUGAAGGAGCACUCUCAAUGCACAAGUAUGUAGAUGAACCUACGUUACAAGCGGUGUUAGAUGAAGCGAAGUUACUGUGUGAAGCCAAUCACCAAAUUUGUUCUUGCAUCGUGAGCGGUAACAUCGAGGAACUCCAAGAGGCGGCGGCAAAGUAUGCAAAUUGUUCUGGAAAACUGUUUUACAUUUUUAGUAGACGAAACAGUGCCAAGGAAGCUCAAGUGUUGAACAUAGCACGAUCGGCUUGUGAGCGAACAUCCCUGAUGCUGUCCCGGGUGUCCCGGCUGGCUGAGAUUAUCAACAACGACGCAUCAGACCAUCUCGACCGCGCAGGCACCAAGUUAGCUGAUGCUGCACAGGUUCUGCUUACCAAUGCCCAGGUUACAGCUUCUAGUAUUGACGAUCUUAGGUGCCAAACAGCAUUAACAACCGCAGGUGACAACGUCGCAACUUCCGCUCAAGCGCUGCAGUUGAUCUGGUCACCACUAGUGCAAGGAGUGCACCACCAGAUCGGAGGACAGCUCGACAAGGAUCAUCAGCUUCUCAUGAUAGAUCUGGAUAACUUGAAGAAGACGUGCAUCAUGCCUGAAUAUGAAUUAAGACAAUCCAUGCAACUGCAAAGCGACCUCGCAAGUGAACCAAAUCAAGCUAAUCGAAAUGCAAACGAACGAGAGAAUAGAUCUGCAGACAAAGAAGAUGGUGUCUUUACUAUUGAAGAAAAUCCACUCAGACAACUAGCAUCCAAAAUAUUACAGCGACUUUCGGCACAUAUUAGUGAUGACACAAUUGGCUCUGAAAUUCGUGAACAGAAGGAAACUUUUAGAAAUAAAUUAAAAGCAGCUAUUUUAGCCUUGGAUCAAGCAAAUGCGAAGUGCAGGAGAAAUCCAAUGGAUUCCCGGAUACGAGUGGGUAUGGAGAACGCCCUUCAUAAUCUGCAACAGAUCUGCCUGCUGUCUCACCGGGACCACUCCGGGAAUGAACAGAGCAAUAUCGUCGACUUGCAGGACUAUAUCAACAAUGUUACGUCGGCAGCUGAGGAUCUUUCAACUACGUUGUCUUCAAUCAAUGACAACGUUGGAGGGAAACCAAUAAGGAAUAUCAGAGAGGAAUGUCGGAACAUUUGCAGUGAUGCUGAAGAACUUUCCAACCCGAUUGACCCUAGAGCUGAUGAUACUCUCAUCGACGACAUGCUGCUCAUUGAGAACUUCGCCAAGCAAUGUAGUGAUAGAGUACAAAAUAUAGAGAAGUCAAUGGACUUAAUUGUUGAUGAUAAUUCAAGAAAUAUUUUGAACGAGAAAGUUGCAGUUCUAGCUGAUGCUUGUGACAUUUUAAGGUUUGCUACAAAGAGUAGUAUCUCGUCAGCGGCAAGUGUAGCCUUUGAUGAAAACAUUCAGAAUCUGACGGACUUUGAAAAGAAAAUUGAACUGAUGACUGCAAAUGAUGGAAAUAUUGCUGGAAUUGACCAAAGUGUGAGUGAGGAACAAAGCCAAGCAGUUAAUGAUGCAAAGUUAGCACUAUGUAGUGGAGUCGUUGGCAGAAGUGGAGAUGUGGUUAACAUGCUUGUUCAGUAUGCAAUUAGAUUGAGGGAUGUUACUCCGGGAGACCAGGUGAAUCGAUUAAAACUUAAAGAACACCUGGAGAAAUUAACAAAUAUGCUGAAGAAGCAAACAUUUGAACGAGGUAGGAGAGUGGCCACCUGGCAGGAAGAACGCAGUGACGACGUCGAUGACGUCACACGGGAAAUAGUAAAGGAGAUCGAAAGCUAUAAUAGUAAGUCAAACGGAGGUAGCGACAAUAAUAUUUUGAAUGGAGAUGCUAUUGAAUUGAUGUUAGCAGAUAGCAUAGAUGAGAAGAAGUAUCUUAAUACAGAUGUAACUAAAAAGAUAGGCGAACAAAUACAAAAGCUCAAUGCAAUCGUUCGGGAUCUUGUAGUUAAGGAUUUGAAACCAGAGCUACUGCGAAGCCGACUGCAUGAAUUAGCAACCACUGCGACAGAGCUUACGUCUGCUGCAACAUUCCUACAAGUUGAUAAGGAUGUGAUAACCGCCAAAUUUAUCAGAGAAGCAACAGCAGACGUUUCAACUGCUACAUACAACUUGCUGAAUACUUCCAAAAAUAUUGAUCUGGUUUCGCCUGGUGGCGCAUAUAGAAGUCGACUUUACGACGCUUGUCGUGCGUUGAUAGAUGCAACAAACAAGCUGGCAAGGGCAACAUCACCACUGGACAAAAUUCAAAGGGAGUGUGGCGAUAUGAAAAGAACUCUACAAAGUCAGGAGAUGUUCCUACGAACAGAGGAACCCUCAAGCGCACUCAACUAUGCUGACAGCUUGGACAUGAUUCAGAGCCAGCAAGAAAUAAUCAAGAAGGUGCGCAAUGAUGAGUCCAUGCAGAUGUCUCGUGACGAGUGCAGCACCAGUCUCCGCUACGUCACCUCAGCUGUGUGCAGCGCUGCUCAGAAUUCGGCACAUUGUGCUUACUUCUUAUCGCUUUGUAAAGAUGAUCUCGAUGUUGCUGAACGUGGUCUUCCUGAUACAAAACGAUUCUGCAGAACUCUGGACAACAUGAAUGAAGUUUGCUCCAAAAUUAUUUGUACCAGCAGUCUUAGUGACGAGGUGAAAGGUUUGGCAACAAAUUUAAAAGUUCACUCCAAACUUAUACAAGAAAUGGUAGAAGAAACAUCAAAGAAAGUUAAUGAUGAUGACGAUAACAAGAUAAAAUCAGCUGCAGCCACUGUACAUAAAGUUUUUGAUGAUUUGGAACGAUCCGUCGGUUCCAAAUAUGAGGAAAAAGAAAUCAUAUUCAAAACAAUGAGAUUGAUGGACGCAAUAAAUAGGCUGAAGAUAACCAUCACUCACAUACGCCGACCGUCUGUACGCCAAGAUUACGAUAAAGACAAAGAUGCUAUUGAGGUUAUGGGUAACGUCAGAGAUUUAAUAAAUACUACUAGCCGGCUCGUCGAUAGAGUUGGCGCCGCAGAUGACGAGCUCCUAACAUGGGUGGUGUUUGGUGCUGGUGACGUGAUCAAAGCUUAUGAGACCCUACUCCAAAGUGUCAGGGACAAAGGAGUCAGAUUACACCGGAAAGAAGAUUUGAAGUCAGCCAAGCAGGAUACGGAUGCUCCGAUAAAAAGCAAACUAGAAACUCAAAUAGAUUUUGUGAACCAAUGGCUUAGAAGACCAGCGUGUAAGGAGGAUGUUAAAACCGCUGCCAUCGAAGCUGCUGAAAGCAUCAUUGACAUGAGUGACUCGAUCUCCCAGAGUACAUCGGGUUCAGACGGCGAGGAGUUGAGACACGUGGCAGAAGAAGCACGACAACUGCUCGGGGACUGCACCAAAAAAUACAACAGUGAGAAGGCUAGCCUUCUGCAAGAUCGGCUGAAGGAUUUAAAGAAAAUGUUAGAACGAGGUGUGGUUACGCGGGUCAUUGAAGAUUUCUUAGAAGAACAGCCAAUGCAAGAUGUAGACGUUCUUAGAACUGAAACCAAAGAUGAAAAAACUCGCGCCUACCUCCUGGACAAGAAGAUAGCAGAUCUUCUGGCGCAGCUGAGUCGAGUGUCGAGUACAGCGCGCUUCGUGUCUGCCACCAGCACCAACCCCAUGCGCGACCAGAUCCUGGUGUCCAGCCACCAGACUGAGCUGCUGGCGCCCAACCUGGUGCGAGCGGCUCACAGGAGUAUCGUCCAGGCGCCGGAUGACCAGGACGCUAUUGAAGAGUACAGGAAGCUGGUGAUGGAGUACGCAGCAUCAUUGGGGAGGGUUCGUGAGCUGUGCGACCGAGCCGUGGAUCCCAUGGAGUUUGCGCAGACUGCUGGUGAAACAAUGGCUCGAAUCAAAGAAGCUGCACAGAACGACCCACAACAAGCAACGCAUGUCUCGCGGGCUAUCAUGAAACUGGGAAGCCGUGUGGUGCAGGCUGGCAUGUCCAGUGCUAACUUCCAGAAGGACGCGGAACUUCGUAACACUCUCAAUAACAUCAAAGCUUGUAUUGAAUCAGCGAGCCACGCCCCGCGGAAUGAUAUCACUUUAGAGAUUAUACGUAAGACUGGAGAGGUGGAAUCAGUAUUGGGUGGUGAGAACAUCUUCCACCAAGAGCCGCAGCCGGACCAGCCCAUAUACGCCGCAGCACACGGACUGCACGCCGCCGUACGCGACUGGUCCGCCCGCGACAACGACGUGGUGGCCGCGGCCAAGCGGGUCGCUGUCCUCAUGGCUCAACUAUCGCGACACAUGGACAAUGAUAAUAAAGUGGAACUGAUCGCCACGUCGAAGGCAAUCGUGGCCAAGUCGCGCGAGGUGGCUGCCCUCGCCACCAAGCUGGCACUCGAGUGCUCCGACCUGCGCAUAAGAAAUAGCCUGCUGCAAGUAUGUGACCGGGUACCGACGGUGAGCGGUCAGCUCAAGAUGCUGACCACAGUGAAGGGUUCCUCUUUGGGGCACAUGGGAAGAGAAGAAGAUAAAGAAGCGAUGACAACUCUCGUUGCCAAUGCACAGAAUUUAAUGAUUAGUAUACAAGAAGUGGUGAAGAAUUCCGAAAGUGCAUCCGUGAAGAUCAUGUCUCAACGAGGAAGGCGAAUCAAAUGGGUGCGAAGAUACCUCUACUGAGUUUAUAUUGUACUUAACAUAGACUAAUAAUACAAUAUGUUAUGUUUUUAAAGUGAUAACCCUCACUUCUAGGAUUAAUACACAAAUAAAAUUAAAAAAACAAAAUUUUAUGAACGAUACGGGAUUCGAACCCACGACCUGCGGCGUUCCGUGCCGGUGCUCUAACCAACUGAGCCAACCGUUCGAGUACCACCUCGUUAUAAAAUUCUGUUUGCUUUGUUCAACUCUCAGGUUGUGGCUUCAUCUACAGGAUCUACUUUAGGUACAGUUGAUAACCUGAUCACCCCAAAUUUUUGAGAAAUUGACUUGAGAUGUCGCUCUUGUAAAUCUAAACAAUAUUGGGGUUGAGUAGGUUAUCAACUGUAAAGUAGAUCCUGUAGAUGAAGCCACAACCUGAGAGUUGAACAAAGCAAACAGAAUUUUAUAACGAGGCGGUACUCGAACGGUUGGCUCAGUUGGUUAGAGCACCGGCACGGAACGGCGGAGGUCGUGGGUUCGAAUCCCGCAUCGUUCAUAAAAUUUUGUUUUUCAAAUUUUAUUUGUGGACUAAUAAUAUACUAGUGUAUUGACAACUUGACAGCCUGAUUUGUCAAUGGUGCGUUAGCUAGUGUUAUAAUAAUGAAAUUACUAAGAAUCUAAUUGCAAACGUGGCUGACUGCUUACAACUUGUCAAUUAAAACCGAUUACAGUAACAAUAGAUUCGCUUACUUACCUUUUCUAUGUUUUUUUUUAUUAUCCUAUUAUAUAUAUAUUAAUACUAGCUGACCCAGCAAACGUUGUAUUGCCGAUAUUAAAAUCGCGAUACAAAAGUAACUGUUGAUCGUAGAUGGGUGAAAAUUUGAAGUUGUAUGUAUUUUUUAAUGCUGACUCAUAAUCAAACAAAUUUAAAAAAAUGACAAAAAAAUAAAAAUUGCCGUGGACCACCCUUAACAUUUAAGGGGAUGAAAAAUAGGUGUUGUUCGAUUCUCAGACCUACCCAAUAUGCACUCAAAAUUACAUGAAUUCUCAUGCCGUUUCGAAGGAGUUUAACUAACAAACACCACGACAUGAGAAUUUUAUAUAUUAGAUAUAACUAUAUGUAUAUUCUAUUCUUUUGUAUAUUUGUUAGAGGUAUUCUUCUCUCUAGCUCGCUUUGUUAUUCUAUUAUAUUGUAUGUCUAUCAUACCUACAAUAUUAAAACAAUUAUCAAAUAGAUUGUUCAAGAUCAAAUAAUAUGUAUUUUUUAUUUUAUUAUUCAUGUUUCUGUAUUAAUUGUAUCUAGAUUAAAUUAUUUUUUCGAAUA